AUGGCAGAAAACCACGAAGCAACAGUAUGUUUGUAACUACUGAAUUUUUAUUUAUAGAAUUAUUUACAUUUGUUUAAAUCUGUUUAUAGUUAUCUGAAAUUAUGAAAAAUGAAGACAAAUAUGCAAAUUUGGCAAUGGAAGAAUUAACAUUGAAAAUGAAAACAUAUACAACUUUGUGUAAGAAUAAUGUAAGUUGUUUUAUUUUAGUUUAAUUUUUUAUUCAAAAUAGCUAUUAAGGGUUUUUUUCUGUAUUAAUUCUAAUUUAAUAUAUAAGUCACUAGUGCCAAGGUUCAUUCCGAAUUAUGUUGCAAAAUUAUUCAUUUUUUUAUAUAGAUGCCCUCCACCAAAUUUUGUUUUAUAGAUCUGUAAACUACUCACCCCUCAAAUAAUAUUUUCUUAUAAUUAAUAAUUAUAGUUGCACUAUUGACAUGCUAAAACUGUAAAUCUUAGAUCCUAUGAUAUUGUUUGCAUUAAAAUAAAUUAUUUCACAUUAGAUUUUUGAGAAUUUAAUUUUCAUUAAAUUUUCCAAUUGGUCUUCUACCAGUAAACUUCUUAAUUUUAUUUUAACGGGUUAAAACUUCAAGAAAUUAUUAUUAUCCAUACCCCGUACUCGGAUAUUCUGUAGUGUGAUAUGCUUUACUAGUUACAAGUUUACCACAGACUAAAAUCUUAGUCAGUACUAAUUUUCAUUUCUAAAUAACAGUAAAACACUAAAAUAGCUAUAUUAACAAUCACAAGGCUAACAAUUAUUGUCUUAAAGUACAAAAUUUAAAAUAAGCCAUAAAUACUAGUUCAUAGAUACUAUCACCCACCUAAAACAUGUGUUGUGACUGCAUAGAUAUAGGGUUCUACACCACUGAUGUAGACUUUAGGUGUAAUGUUUUUUUUUUUAUGUAUGAAGAAGAUUAUUUUCCAUAUUUUAAUUUUUAAUUUUAAAGUGCAAGUCCUAAGGAUUUUGUUUAAUUAUGGUAUAUCUAGUAGCUAAAUAUAUACAGAAAAAGUGAACAAAUAUGUUUGUUUUAUUAGUUAAACUUAAUUAACUUUGUUUCCAUAGUUGAUUCCAUAUUGGGUCUAUAAUGGACUCGUUUUAUCAAUUUAACUGAACAUUUUUUUUAAAUACAUAAAUGUUAUUUAUAUUUAUAUUAAAUUUUAAAACAUCGGUACUUAGUUUAAACUUAAGUUAUUAAAAAUAUCAAAACAUACUUGUUCUAUUUAUUAUAAGUAUUUAAUUGUUAUUCUCAUUGUAUUCUAAUUUAGAAAAUUAAUUCUUCUAAUGCAUUUGACAUCGAUAUGGUUGGGUACUUCUCUACGUGGUUGAAAAAAAAUAAAGAGGCAUCUUCUAAUAGUGAUUUGGAAAUGGUAAUCGUAUAAUUUUAAAAAGUGUUUGAAAUCACAAAUAACAUCGGUUUUAUAUUUUCAUUUUAGUUUCAAGUGAUUGCAGACAAUCUUGAAACCUGUGAUAAAGUGUAUAGUCUUCGUAUUGACAAUGCAAGUACUUCUACUUCUAAACUAGUAGAUGAAUUUAAAAUGAUGAAUCAAAUUGAAAUUCCUUCAUAUGUAGAUGACAGUCCAAAACAUCAACCAUUUAAGGUUAAAAUAAACUAACUUAUAAUUAAUUUUAAAUAAUGUUUAUAAUUUUAUUUUACAUGAUUGUGUUUUAGAGAACUAAAUGCAUGUUAACCACAGAUGAUAAAAUAAGUUAUAAUUUAGCUGAUAGGGAAUAUAUUAGUUCUCCGUUUUUAUCAGACUUGAGAGACUUUAAUUUCAAAAAAAUAUUUUUGAAACAAAAGCCAUCUACUUAUGUAAAUGCAUUGUAUAAUAAUUAUUCUAUUAAAGAAGAAAUGGACUUAAAAGAAGAGAAUAAUAAAGAAGACCCAAAUAAACCCAUGUACUUGGUAGAAUGUGAUGAUAUGGGUAUGUUUUAUUAUUUAUCUAUUUACAUUUUAUAUUUUAAUAUUCCAUGUUCAUAUUUUUCUAUAAGAGUUUUGCUUUUUGAAGACCUAAAGCACCUACAGGGACCAACCAUUCUGAUAAAGUGGUUUCUGUGUGUUGUAACUGAUUGAUUUUUCCAUCAUUUAUUGCAUUAACAUUAAGGGGAUGAUAAUAUGGUGUUUUCACCUUGCCUUCCACAUUACAGUAAUAUCCUAUAUUACUAAAGAAUGUUAUUUCAAACAAACAUUGUUUAUGCUUGAUACUAGAAAAGCUGGUGCCUUCUUCUAUGUCCAUUUUGGUUGCCUUUUAUAAUGGUGGUUCUAGCUUCCACUGACAGGAGAAUUUUUUUUUAAAUUUAAUUGCAUACAAAUCUUAAAAUAAUAAAUUUAAUUUCUAUUCUAUUUUUCAAAUACAUCUCAAAUAUAAUAUACAAAUUUAAAUAUUGAAUCAAAUAAAAAUAUUAUAUUUUACUAAUUAUAUAUUUUAUUUAUAGCUGAAUUUCAAAAUCAAUUGGCUAAAGAAGUUUUGUGUCCUGAAUUUCACGGUUUUGUAACAGACCGUGACUGUCAAAAAAAUGAUGAUAAUGAUGAGUUAGAGGGUGUUGAAAAUAAUUUUUAUAUUAAUAAUCAAGAUCAAUAUUCUUUGUCUGCAUCAGAUGAUGAUAAUUCACCUGAAAAUGAUGUUGUAAAUUUUGAUGAACCAUCCAAAUUAGGUAUGUUUAUUUGGUAUAUAUUUUUAAAAACUAUUAAUGUUUAACCCAUAGAAUUAUUUUGCCUAUUCAACUACAAGAUUAAAACAUUGUCCAAAAAUAUUAGUAUUCUCAUCACUUCUAAUAUUCUUUAUAUUAAUCUUACACAUUAUUUUACCAUAUACUGAUUUCUUCAAUAUUGUCUAGGUUAAUUAAACUCCUUUGUUUUAAAAUGUCUUAUAGAUUAAAAUUGAAAAAGUUUAUUUAUUUUUCUAUUUAUUGUAUAUUCGAUUUGAAUAAAUCAUUACAAACCAAAAACCAUUCUGCGAGGGGUAGUAUAUUAAUAUUUUUUUUUUUGCUGUGGCCAAUAUAAGGCAGAAGUCAACAUAAAAAAAAAUUAAAUAAAAAAUAAUUAUAUAUAAUAAUUAAUUUUAAAAUAAAAUGUAUAAAUCAACAAUUUUUGUUAGUUUCUAUUAACCAAGGAAAUUUUUUCUGAGAAAAAACACAAAGCAAAACUUCUUCACUGUACUCAAAUUUUAAAUUAUAAUAACUACAUUUUCUUUGUUUUUAAUUGUAUGUUUCUCAGUUGAAUAUAAAAAAAAGUAACAAUCUAAAAAUGAUAAUUAAAUGACAAAUUGUUCAUAAGUCUUAGAUAAUGUAAUGAUUUUUAACAAGUACAUACAUUUUGUUAUAAAAGUUUCAAUAUACUUAACUAAUAUUAUUUUAAAGAUUCCACUCCAGAUAUUCCAGAAGAAAAUAAUGUUGCAGAACUUGUAAAUUGUGUUGAUGGUGUUGAUAGACCUUUUAGUAAUUUUAACCCUAAACUUUUUGCUAAUUUCAAAGGUCCAAAAGCAUGGAAAACUCAAACAAUGAUAAAAUCAUUAAAAACCUGUGAUCUAGGUAUUCAAAUAUUGUAAAAUAAACUUUCUCAAAAAUGUUAAAUUUGAAGUAAAAAAUUAUAAAUUAAUUUUUAGAUGAAAAAAAAGAGAUUAUGGCUACUCCAAGCAUUUCUAAAAAAAUAAAAAGUAAUUUAGAACCUCAAACAGUUAUAAAUCAAAAGAAACAAGCUGAUGUUAAUAUAAUUUGGUAUAAAGCUGAUAAGUUGGAAGACAAAUGGCCAGAAUCUUCAGGAUCAAAAAUAUCACUUUCAUAUAGAUUAAGCAAAUGGAAUGCAUUUAAUCAUAUAAUGAGUGUUAAACACAUUCAGAGUAUAAUAGAUAAUAUCCAAUUUCAGUGAGUAAUUUUAAUUAAAUAUUUCUAAAAUCAAAAAUAAAUGUUGAUUCAAUUACAAGGUCUGCUUUUUUGAAGACUCAUCAAAUAAAACAAUAUCAUUACCCAGAUGAACCACAAGAAAAUAUUUUUGGUACUGCAUUUAACUUCCAGGUAAAAAUUCAAUUUUAGUUAAUUAAAAUUAAUAUUGAAUAUAAUUAAUUUAGAUUUCAAAUGAUUUUAAAUUUUAGCAUAAUAUAUGCUAUAAACAGUAUGAAUAUCCUUUUUUCAUAAAUAAAUUGUAAUUUACAACACUAUUCUGUAUAAUGUAGUUAAUAAAGAAAAUUAUUAUGCACUAGUUUUUAAAUAAUGAUUAACUAAAAGGUGUACCGGUUAAUUUGUGCGGUUUUUUUUUUUCGAAAAAUUGAAGCUUUAUUGUGAAAGAAUGGUUACAAAUUUAAUAUUCAAAGUAUUGUCCAUCGCUAGCUAUGACCUUUUCCCAUUUUCUGGCAAUUCACGAAUACCCUUUCUGAAAAAUUCGGCUGGCUUCUCCGCUAUCCACAAAUCGAUUCAAUCUUUGACUUCUUCAUAAUUGGAGAAGUGCUGGUCAGCCAGGCCAUGUUGCAUUGAUCGGAAGAGAUAGUAAUCGGAUGGCGCAAGGUCUGGACUAUACAGCGGGUGGGGUAGGACAUCCCAUUUGAGUGUUUCAAGGUAGGUUUUGACGACCUGUGCAACAUGUAGCCGAGCAUUGUCAUGUUGCAAAAUUACAUAAUCGUGUCUGGUCUCAGUUUCUGGCUGUUUUUCUUUCAAUGCUCGGUUCAAACGCAUCAGUUGUAGACUUCCCCUGUGAUCGUUUCAUUCCGUUGCAACAGCUCAUAAUAGAUCACACCCAGCUGGUCCCACCAAAUACACAGCAUAACCUUCAGGCCAUGAAUAUUCUGAACGGCCGUCGAUGAUGAUGCAUGGCCGGGGUAGCCAUACGUUGGAUUAUCGUAAUGGACCAACUUUUCAUCGCCAGUGACAAGUCGAUGCAAAAAACAUUUUCAGAAGCAGUUGUUCACACGCGAAAAAUCGACGUUCGACAUCUCUUGGCUUCAAUUCAUACUGCACCCAAUGGCCUACCUUCGGGAUCAUUCCCAUUGCUUUUAGACGAUCAGAAAUGGUUUGUUGAGCGACACCAAGUGAUUUUGCAAGUUCUUCUUGUGUUUGGGAUGGAUCUUGGUCGAGCAAUGUCUCCAAUUCGUGAUCUUCAAACUUUUUUGGCUGUCCGAGCCGUUCAUCGUCCUCCAAGUCAAAAUUGCCACUUUUAAACCGUGCAAACCACUUCUGGCACAUACGCUCAGCUAGAGCAUGCACACCAUACACUUCCACCAAAAUGCAAUGACUUUCGGCAGCCUUUUUCUUCAUAUUGAAGUAAUGAAGAAGUACUCCCCGCAAAAACACUUUAAUCGGCACAAAAUUCGACAUUUUCAGAGUAAAAAAAAGUAUUGUUGUUUACGCUUCAGCUAAAUAACAUAUUGAUUCUGAAACAAUAUGACAGUAGCUUUCCAACACAUAUUUGGAAAGGUGAAUCACUGGAAUNUUUUUUUUUUUUUUUUUUUUUAUUUGGGAUUCAAAACAAAUAUGUAGCGAAAAAUUAAAUUUUUAUUUUCGUCCCAUAAUUAUUGAGAAAAAAAACUUUAUUUUUUCACAUCAAAAUUUUCAAAAUAGCCAUUUUCUAAAAUAUAUUAUUCUAAACAUUUAUUUCUGAUUAAUAAUUUAGAUAUAAUCAUACAAGGGCGUGCAGGGGGUCUUAAAUACCUCCAAGUUUAAAAUUAGCACCUCCAAAAAAACCCUAUCAACUAUUUCAUAGUAACGACUAAAUAUUUUAUCCAUAUUUUACUUCAUAAUAUUAAUGAGUAGAUCAAAAUACAGGUUUCCAACAAUGCAUGUGUGCAUGAAAAAUAAUGUUAAAAUAGUUAUGAUAAAUUUAUACAUACAAAAUUUUAAAUGAAAGGUAUAGUUGAGUUUUUAAAAGACAUGUAAAAGGGAUUGUAGGGACAUAACCACCUUGUAUAUUUGAUUUGUCCAUAAUUUUAACAAUCUAUCUUUAUUCAUUAAUCAAGGAAUGAUUAUAAAAAUUAAAUAUAAUAUUGACAGAACUGUGAACAACUUUUCUACUAGGAAACUUGCUCUGAAGUAUAGGCUAUUAGCACUGCCCUCAUAAGUAAAAAGGCCUUAAGUCAUUAGAUAAUUAGACAAUGUUUUUGAGAAAAAACUGGUUUUUAUUUAUAUUUUUAAUUUUCUAAAAUUCGUAAUACCUCUUACAUUUUACUUAUAAAAGUAUAUGUCUUUUCAUAUAGUAUUUUACCUGAUAAAUGUAAUGUAAUAAAAAUAAAUUAAUUCUGAAGCACUUACUUAACUUUUUACAUUAAUCCUUAGUUUAAUUGGUAUAUAGAACUGUACUAAAUAAUAGACUCACAAAUAGAAUCCAUGGGUAAUUGUAUAAAUAAUCAACAAAUAACUGAUAUUAUAUCAUUUGUAAAGUUUUUAUAUUAUUUUAUUUUGAUGAUUUAUAGGUUACAACAUUCCGAUAAGUAAAAUGACAAUCUGUAAUGAGUAUAUAAAUUAUUAUUUUUAUUAUAUACCUACCAAGCAAAAAUGCUGUAUCUUCAUAUAAUAUAUACAACAUUUUUACUUAGCAUGGUUAUUAUAUGGUAUUUUUACCUAGUAAAAAUGUAUUUUUCACCAUUUACAGCAUUUUUUCAAAACAAAUAUUGUUAAUAGUUGUUUUAUAGAAUAAUAUUUCAGACAUGUGGCAUAUUGACCUAGAAAGUUUGAAUUUUACAAUUUUUUUUUUUGUAAAUAAUUCAUUUUUCAAUUUUUUGGAUUUACAGCAUUUUUACUUAGGAAAGCAGAGUACCAUUUCUAAAGAUAAUUUUUUUAUUUUACAAGGAUUUUUCAAAAUAAUUGGGAAAAACCAAAAAAGACAAAAUAUACCUUUUUUUAAAAAUUUGUAUGGCCUAUGUUUUCAAUCAAAUAUUAUUCCAAUAAAUAAAUAUCAAUAAAUUUUUUUUUUUUAAUUUUUAAUUGAAUUAGUGACCAAGAAAGUCAAAUCUGUUUUUGAUUUGCUUUGUAGUUUUUUUAUAAACAGACCAAAACUGAAAAAAAAAACAGAAAGGGAAAUUUUACAAAAAAAAAAUGCUUUUAUUAUUUUCAAUUUUGUUUUUCAUUGUAAUUCAGGUUAAAAUAUUCGUAGACUUGAAAUUUUGACAGAUAAGUUGUACAUAUUUUUUUUAUUUGGUAGGUACACUGUAGAUAAAUUGUUAGACUCACAGAAAUGCUUAUUACAAAUUAAAAAGAGGUUCAUUAUAAAUCAUAUUGAGUGGUCAAAAUAAAAAUUUAUUUUAAUGUAGUAUUUUUUUUUUUUGUUUUUUUUUUUUGAAAGAGUUAAAAUCAAAUAUUGAUGAAAAUUGUAAAAAUUGCAGCUUUUAAAAACAUGUAUAACCUAAUUUAAUCUAACUUGGUUACAGAUAUAAAUUAAAUAACUAUGUGUUCCAUUUUCCCCACUAUCCACCUACAACAAUGACUGCACCCAUCCCCAGUAUCAGAUAUUUUUUUUUUACUUAUUUAGUUUGCCUAUUUCUAUGAACAAAUGUAAAUAUAAUACAUAAUUUAUUUUUAGACUAAUAAUGGUUUUGAUGAAGAAAUUAUUGAAAAUGAAGAAGUAAUAUCCUAUGAUUCUGAUGACAGUACAGCAGAUAAUGAAAUAUUAGAAUUCAAAAGGCAUAUGAAGGAAUCUUUUAAUGUUGACUUUGAUCAGGUAUAGUUUUUAGGUAGAAUAUAUUUUAAACAUACAGAUAACUUAUUAGAGUUUUAGAAAUGUUAAAAUAAUAUUUUAUACUAAUAUAAUUUUACUUUUUUUAGUCAUUUACCAAAAAUGAUUUUCAAGCCGAGUUUAAAACAGAAACAAAAAUGAAUAUAUCUGAACUUAAAAAAGAAAUAUCUGAGAUAAUUGAUAAAGAAUGUAUUGUAAGUAAAUGUUGAUUUUAAUCAAAACUACUCUUAAAGCUAAUACAGGUUUUAUGUGACUUUUCUUACUUUUCUUACCAUGUUCAAACUAUGCAUUAAAAUAAUAAUUUUUCAAAAUUUUAAAAUAUUUCAAAUUUAUUUUCAAAAGUUUAAAUAGAACUAUUUAAUAUCAAUAUUUAUUUUUUAUUUAAAAAAAAAAAAAUGAUAUUUAAUAAAAUAUAAUAUUAAUUUAAUAUGCAAUUUAGAUACUUAUGAGGUGAUUUAAAAAAUAAUGUUAUAUAAUGAUCUAUAAAAAAGGAUCCUAAACUGUGCAUAAAAACUGAUUAUCAAUGAAAAUUAGUGUUGAUUUUUUAAUGUAUACUCCUCAUGGUAUUUAUAGGACACUGUAGCUGAAUUUAGUCCGCUAACUUUUAAUAACAAAAUAACCUUGUUUUUGAAGUUUUGGUGUAUUGAUGUUAUUAUUUUAAAUGUUUAAGAGUAUUUUAAUAAUUUAAGAAAUAUUUGUUAUAAAUUUAUUAUUAUUACAACCAAAUCUUGUUUUUUUUUUUUUUUUUUUUUUUUUUUUAGGAAAUUGGCACUGAUAAUAAUUGGUCUAAUGAGAUACCUUUUCAAACAUUGCUAUUGAAAUUAACGGCUAAGGAAACAAGAAUUUCUUUGCAUAUUAUUUUUGUCGCAUUACUUCAUUUAACUAAUGAGCGAGGUUACAAAUUAAAUCAAGUACCUGGUAGCCUGGAGAACAUGCUUAUUUCCAAACCUAUAACUAAACCAUAAUAAAAAAAACAACUUCUAUUAUUAUUAUUAUUAUUUUACUAUUAGAAAGUUAUUUUUAAAUGUAUGCAGGCUCAAAAAAGACAUUAGUUUAUUUUUAUUUUUAAGGUUGUCUAAUUAAUUAAGACAUUAUUAAUUGUAAGUAUAUUUUUUUUUAAUUAUUAUAUUAUUAUAAGAAAAAAAUGUCUAUACAUUUAUUAUUAAUAAAAUAAUAUUUACACUUUUAUUCUUUAUAUACCAUUUUAAUAAAAAUACAUUUUUUUGUGUCUUAAAAAAAAAUAUAUGUUCUUUUAGUUUAACUGUACAUAUUAUUAAGUAGUGAAUAGUGCUUUGAUUAGUGUUUGCACUUUUUGUAUAUGGAUACUUUAGUGUCUAAACAAAAGCAAUUAGUUGUGUUUUAUUUUUGGAAAUCACAUCCAUAUCAGCAAUCUCUGUCAAGUUUGUGCAAAUGGUUCUGGGAAACAGGUAGCUAUAACCUGCUAAUCAUUCUUAAUGUAUUUUCUAAUAUUUUUUAUUUAUUUGCCCAUUUCUAUGUUAUUUAAUAAAUUUCUAAUACAUCUGAGAUAUCAAAUUAUUUAUUUAUCAGUUUGUUACUAGAUACCAAUAUUACAUUUAAUAUAUAAGCAGGUAAUACAUAUUUACACUUAAAAUAUACUGAUUAAAAAUAAAUCUAUUGGCUACUUAAACAAAUCAUAUUAUCAAAUUUAUGUAUAAAUAUUGUGUUGAAACUAUGGUAAUAUAAAUUUUGAAGUAAGUAGAUAUUACAUUUUAUUUAUAAUGAAUAAUUAUUCGUAUUAUGUGAAUUGUAUCCAUUAAGUUUGAUAAUAUUUUCCAAAUAUGAAUUCCAUUCAACUUAAUGAAGGUAUACUUAUUAAUUAAUCUAUUUAAAAACUAAAAAAGUGUAAUAGGUAUAUCUAGUGAUUUAUAUUUUUGUCAAAUAAUUGUUUAUUUUAAAUAAUGUUUUCUCUAGUUAACAAACCCAAUUGGUUGGGGUGGAGAUUCAAAUAUUAUACUAUGUAGAUACACAAUUUCCUGGCUUCAUUUGGGGAUCUGUAGAGAUAUAAAAAGCUAAAAAAAAUGUCAAUCAGUCAAUAAAAAACUUUUAAGAGCAUUUAAGAUCAUUUGAUCCUUAGGGAGGUGUUAGAAGUGUGUAAAUGUACUGGGAAAAUAUAUUAUAUGUUACAAAAACAAAAAAGUCCAAAUUUUAGGGAGAAAAUUUGACAAAACAUCAAAACUAAAAUAAUAAACAGUGAAUAUUCAAUCAUACCUAUCUAUACUGAAAUAGGUUUUUUAAUUGUAAGCAUUAACCUGUAACCAUGUCAUUAUUAUUAUUAUAACCAGGUUCCUAUAUUUUUCAUAGAGGAGUCAUUGAAAUUGCCAUGGACCAAUGAAGAUUUAGACCGUAUACCUUUCUCACCGAUAGCUGUCAACACGGAUCAAAUGUGUGUCAUAAAUGUACCUUUGUUGGAAUUUCACAACUUUGAAGUGAAACCAGAAAGAAUGAAUUUAAGAAACAACGGCCGGACGGGUAUAAUCUAUCAGAUACUUUUAUAAUUCCUACUGUACCUACUAUGAUGUGGCCCACCACUAGCUGGCUGGGGAACCAAAAUAGUGGGAGAAACGAAGUCUCGAGUUGAGCCACCUACGUCAACUUAAAACCUUGUCGGUACCACGGGCGGGGGAGCCACACUUCACGCCAGACCGACCUAUCCGCUCCGGACUUAGUGCCCCCAAAGUUGAGGAGCCUACCUUGGCUGCAACGUGGUGGUUGUGGGACCGGCGUGAGAUAGUAACCUAAACCACUGUACAAAGUGCUACACUUAAAAAUCAAAGCAAGAUUUCUAGUAGAAAAGUUUGUACAACAAAUCGAGGGGUAUUUAUCGAAUAAAAUAGUCCGAGCGAGCGAUAGCUAGGUCCUCAGGUACAUCUAAAAUGCACUAGUUUUUUCCUUGUUUAGGUAAAUGAGAAAAAUAAGUGCAAACAAUUUUUUUCGAAACACAGGUUUGAACUCGCGAACCUUAGGAUGACAAUAGGUUUAUAUAACCAUUCGGCUAUGACAAACAUACUAUUGGAAAGACAAUAUAGAGUUAUAACAUAUAAUAACAACAUCUCAAAAAGCUAUAAUUUCGAAACUAAGUCAGUCGGCUCAAUUCUGACAUUACCAUUGUUCUUAAAUCGGCAAUGUACAAUAAACAUUCAAAAGAAAAAUUUGCUUCACAUACAUUUUUACAUUUUCAACGAUUUUCGUUAAAAUUUGAUAUUAAAAUAAUUCCUUAAUAAAAAAAUUACUACUUUAAAUUGAAUUUUUUUUUUUUUUUGACCACAUAAUAAAACUCUUAAUGAAACUAUGUUAAAUUUUCAAACAUUUCUGUUAAGUCAAACAAUUUUACCACAGAGUUACAAAACUCGCAAAAUAAAAUGUCUAUUAAUAGCUUAAAAAUUACUUAAAUUUGUUGAAAAUUUUACAACAUCUAAAAAAGGAAAAUAUACAUUUUCUGUCUAAAUUUUGAAUCCAUAGAGUCAAUACAAAUAUUUUUAACUGAAUUUCAACAAAAAUAUUAGUGUUUAUAAAAAGCCUAAAAAACUUUUUAUAUCUUAUAAGUUUAUGCAUUACUUAAUUAUUUAUCAUAAAUAUACAUAAGAUCUUAAGUUUUAAGUGUAUAUAUUUAUGUUUAAUUUUUAAUAUAGUUAAGAUUACAAAGUACUUUAAAGCAACUAUGAUUUAAAGUUUGGGGAACUAACAUUUUUGUUUAUUUAGCCCUGUAAUGAAUUUAAUAUUUUGUAAUGUAAUAUAUAUAUAUAAAAGUUUUAAUUCAGAGUGGAUUUUUGGUAAGGUCAAUCACUUAAGUAGUAAGUGGGCCGCCUAAUAUUUUUUCCAAGAAUGAAUUUAGUUCUUCCCACUCCGCCCCUGCCCACGUGCGAAGUAUGUUGGUCUUUUAAAAUCUGAAGAAGCUUAUGGUUUUACAAAGAUGUUUAUUUUUUUUUCUGUAAAAAACUUUUCUAUUAGAAAUUUUGCUCCAAUUUAUAAUGAUUGCAUAAUAUGACAUAUAUUUUGUUAACAAAGCAUUACUAUCAACUGAACUCCGCUCAGAAUCGAGUUUUCGUUAGCAAUGGUUUGUCGUUGCUUACAGGUAUGCAUUAAAUUACUUAUAACAAUGGUUGCACCCGAUCCCAUUAUCCUAGGACGUCUUUUUCAGUAUUGAAUUAAUAUUAUGUCUCCUUUUUCAUAAGCAUUUCAGUUAUGAGUUAUAAAUUUAGUUUCAAGUGCAGACUCUUUUCUAAUGUUUUUGAAUUGAUUUUUGUCUACACUAUUUUUGUUUAAUGCAGUUUCUGCCUAGGUGGUGCUGAACUUUAUGGUGAGGUCGGGCUUUGGUCCGACAUUUUUAAAAAUUAAGCAGGGCCGCUUAAUUUUUGGUUAAAGUUUGGUCGCCAAACCGAAUGAAUACUUUAUAAAAGAAACAAAAACCUACGUUAACCAUCUUGAACCUCUGGGACCUCUUGAAUCGUAUUUCGCCCGACUACAUUUGUAGGACUUCGGCGUCACUGUUCUAUCUGAAUGUUAAACAAAAAGUCCACUACACGGUGUAUGUUCGGUUGUGGAUAGUCAAAUUGUACAUUAAAAUAUGUUUAUAAAAACCUAUACAAUGUCUAAAAAAUUAUCUAAAAAAAAAAAAAAAAAAAACAUUGAAUUUUCAAAAAUCAACCAUCGUCGUAUUUAGAUUGAGCCCUCCUUCACCAGGGAUCAAUUAUUCAUAGGAAAUUUUUAUAUAUUGUAUUAACAAUACUAAUAUGUUGUGUGCAGUGGUGCUGAACGGUGAUUGGCUGACCAAGGAACCUUUCAUCACGGGAUCGAAUUUGAAGGAAAAAUAUAGGUUUUCUCAUUUACAUUUUCAUUGGUCCGACGACGAAAAUGGAAGCGAACACGUUAUUAACGGCCAACGGUAAAUGACGGGAUUUAUUUUAAAAAUAACAAGCCUCAAGACUCAAUAGAUAGUACCAGAAACAAUUUAGCAUAGGUACCUACCUAAUAUGCAAAUAUUGAUCCCACAUUCCCAGCUGUCGUUCCGAACGCUCCGUUCUUAUUAAGAACACAUUUUUUUUUUCUACGCCAGAUUAUAACCCAACUCAACUUAGCAUUUUCUUCUGCUGCUCUAAAGACUAAAAUAUAUUUUAAGCCUUUUUGAGCCAUUGUAAAAUAUAUUAUGGGAUUAAUACUAAAAAAAAAAUACUAUUUUACCACGUCUUAAUGGAUUACGGCAUAGGUAUCCACUUUAAAUGUGGCGCCCGGAGUUAAUACCCUCUCUAGCCCCCCCUUAAAAUAUCCGGUGUUGUGAUCUAUUGCACAUUGAUACCUAUUACAUAUUUUCAUUGACUAAGUUAUUAAAUAUAAAAAUAAAAAAGCUUGAAAUGUAUUAUUUAAGUAAAGUUUUUAAUAUUUAUUAUAUUUAUCUAUAUCACCGGUUCCCAACCUUUUUUGUACCUAGUUGUGCGGACCACCAAUUUUUUUUUAAAAAAAAUAAGACCCAUUAAACUAAUAUAUAGGUAAAACAAAAACAAGUAGACACUAUGAAAAAAAAAAAAAAGAAUUGUAUUAAUGGAUUCAACUUGUAAACAUGUGGUUAAAGUAAAAGUAAAAUCAAUGCGAAAUAAAUGCGAUUUUUGAUAAUGUUUUUCUCUUACGAGAGAAUCAAUAUCGGGAUUAAUUAAUAAGUAUAGGUACCGCGACGUACCCACACCCAUGAUAAAAUAAGAUAAAAACGACACAAAUAUUCUAUAACAGUACAUGAGAAAACGACAAUCAAUAAAAUUGUACGAUAUCGAUUUUAGAGAUUAUUACUAAACCACGAUCGAAAUACAAACGUUCAUAAAAUUUCCCGACCGUUGGUUUAUAACUUCGGCCUGUGUCCGCGGCCCAUGGGUUACAAGAGUCGAUGAGUCUAUAAUAUAGACUCUAUUUUAUAAUGGUACAACUGACCGUUAUCAAAUUUACAAAUAUAAAACAAAUAGGCCGAGCAAAAAUUGAAAAUCUUCCAAAGUUCAAACACUUAAUAAUAAUAUGUACAAAAAAAAGAGUAUCUUCGUCGAUUUUUCUCUUGUUAAAAAUUUAAUAGUUACCAUUUGCAGACAUACAUUGGAAAUGCAUUUGAUUUUUGUCAACGAAUCGUUCGGGAUGUUUGAUGAAGCUGAAUUAAACCAGCGCGGAAUCGUCACGUUAGCGUAUUUAUUUGACGUAAGUAUAAGUAACGAUUUACCUGCUAAACAUACCCAAGUACCUACUACCUAUGUAUUACCCGAGUAGGUAGAGAGUUAGGUAUAAAGAGUUGCCACGGCGCAUUGUCGAUUUUUAACCGUGAAAAAAGCCAUAAUGAUUAUAUUAUAAUAUGCACUUAAGAAAAAAAAAUUGGGGGGGGGGGUUAACAUGGUUUAUGGACCCAUAGUCCCUAGUAAUUGCACUUGAAUAAUAUGCCUAGGCGUUAUAAUUGUAUAUUUUUUCGAUUAAAAUAGAAUGCCUACCUACCUAUAUCUAUCUUUGCUGAAAAAUGUUCAUAGAGAUUUCUGUUAACAUAUAGUUACUCAGCACUAGCUUUCCAAAGAAGGUCAAAGAGAUGUCUAGAUUGGUAAUAUUGACUAUAUGAAACUAAAUAGCAUACAUACCUAGUAAAGCAGUUAAUUUUCUAAUACAAAUUGUUGAAGUUUACAAAAAUCAUUAAUAACAUUUUUUUCUCAUAGACCAAUUGGCUAAUCUAUUGAUAUUAUUUAAUGGUGGCAAUAAUGAAAAUUAUUUUAAGUAGGUAUCGUUAAUUUCGAAAAAUUAUAGACAGUUAAAGUUGUCUCAUUUUACAUUGAACACUAUAGUUUUGUUUUGUUUUGUUAUAUUUAUAUUUAUAAAAUGACUACCAAUUUUGAAUUUUUUUUAAAAAUUAAUUUUUUAUUUAAUGCCUUAAAACAAAUAUUUAUAAAAUAGAUAGGAGCGUGCAACGCUCUAGUAAUUAUCACGAAAAAAGAAAACUGAAAAACACACUAUAAAAGUGUUAAUAAGUUGGUCUUUUGACUUUUCCUGUUCAGGAAAAUUAGCGUUUUAACAGCAAAUUCCGGCCCCUCAAUAUACCUAUGCGUUUUUUAAUAAAACUGCUAUUUUCUAUAGUUUGGCUAUAAAUUUAUUAUGACAAUCAGAAAAAAAAACUGAACUUAUAAUUAACAAAAUUCUUUUUCUUUUUUUAGAUCCAAUCAGAGCCUCACUUCGGUGUUGAUCAUGUAACUAACCUGUGCAAAAACCUUACGUAUGGUCAAAUAGCCGAUGUUCCUGUUUUUCCGUUGAGCCAUUUGACAAACAAGCAUAUGCACGAAGAGUAUUUUACCUACUUGGGCAAAUAUUUUAAAUAUGGAGAAAAAUUUGGUGUGUCUCAAUGGAUAGUGUUCACCAAAGCAGGCGGUGUGAGCUAUAAACAAGUACUUGUCUGCCUAUAACACAUACAAUAAUAUCUAUCUACCUACCUAUAGGCUAUAAUGAGUCUUUAUAGAACUCCACUAAGACAGUACUUAACUUUUUUGCUAAAAUUUUCUGAACAUUUUACAUUUUACUCGUAAAAAACUAAGUUUUAUAAAAUGAAAAUAUUUGUAUAGGUACUUACUUAAUAUAAUAUUAUAGAUAUACCCAGAUAAACUUUUGUAACUUUUUCUUGCACUUCUGUUUUCAAUGGACUUACAAUAAUAUUUUUAACUAUUUCAUAGUUAAAUAGUGGCGGCAUUUGGCAUGGAGUCUCGUGAGGGUUCCUAUUAUAAUAUUUAGGGAACGAGCCGGGAAGCAAAAGUAAGCAUUAUUUUGCAACCAAUACACACAAACAAGUUUUACAUAAACUAAUUUUAAUUUUAACAGUGCUACAAUUAUUGGCGCAACCCAGAUGGGUAUCUGUAUCAGUUUUUAGUUAGUCCCAUAAGUGAGAAAUAACUGAAUGUGCUGAAUUUCUAUAGUUCUUGUUCUCAGGAUAGAUAUACUUAUACUAAAAAAAAAUAAUUGAUGCUCCAGAAAAAUAUUGUGACUGGGUUUUUCAUAUGCCAACCCUACACUGCUUCAAACUAUAAAUUAGUAAAUAUCUCUACAAGUCCUAAGUAUGUAUAAAAUAAGCAAAACAAAAUUUUGUAUAUCACAUCAGUGAAGUAUGAAACAAAUUUAUUUCUUAUUGAGAAUGUUCUAAGUAUCACCAAAAAGAAUAUCAUAAUGCUAAUACCUCUUUUCAUAAGUAAUAAUAUGAAAUGGCUUCUUAUCAAUUAUCUAGACAAUGUUUUUUCUAGCUAUAACUUAUUAUAUAAGUACCAAUGUACUUUUUUUUUUUUAAUAUUAUACAGUUAUAUGUAAAUAUAUUUAAAAAAUACAAAUAAAUAUGAUGAUAGAUGGAACAAUUUCGCAAUAUGUUGAACAAACGUAGUCAUAUAAUUAAACGUAAUUGUCGGCCUACCGAACCAAUCAAGAACACUGGAAUGUCUCCAUUUUUGGUGAAGCAAUUGACGGCAAUCUGUCACACAACCCCUUCAUUUGAAGGUAGUAAUGUUGGUAAUGUUAGAGAUUUUUGUUUAAGAAAUGUCCUCAUAAGUUUUAAUAAUAUCAUUUUAAUUGAUAACAUACAAAUUAGGUGUUGCAUAAAGUGUAAACUAAAAAAUGAAAUAUGUUUCACUUCAAGAUGAUAUUAUUUUUAAAACAGUUAAAAAAAAUGAAAACACUCUAACAUUAAUAUUACUUACUAGUGUAAAGUAUAUGGGUGGUGUAUCCAAGGCUAGGCAAGUUAGUAAUUGUUUUUAACUUAACUGAGUUAAGUUAAAUUUAAAUAAAGUUACAAAUUAAAAAUUAACUUUUAAACUCGUGUUAUUUAAAAAAAAAAAUGUACAUGUUAUCUAUUACCUACUAUAAUUGCCUAAUAAUGUACUACAACACCCAACUGAGGACAAUAAUAAAAAAUAACAGGCAUUCAUAAUAAUUUUUAUUUUAAAAUGUUGAUAAUAAUAUAUUUAUUUAUGUAAGCAUAUAAAUAUAAAUUAAUAUAAAAUUAACUCUAGUUAAUUAAAAGUUAUUUCUUCAAGUUAACAAUUAAGUUAAUAGUUCAACAAAAAUUAAUUUAUCAAAUUAAAAAGUUAAAUUAACUUAUUAACUUAUUAACUCGUUAAUGUCCAUCCUUAGGUAUAUAAUUGGUUACCCAGCAAACUUUUAGUUGACAUUUUGAAGUCUGCUAUAGUUUUUUGCUUUUUCUAUACAAUUUAAAAAAAACUUAAAAUUUUGUCAAAUUUGAAUUAAUGUUUAUGAAAAUUAUUUAAAAUACCUAUGUAUGAGAUGUAUCCUUUUAUUUUGCUUUUUUUAUUUAUAAUAUUUUUAACUACAUGUAAUAAUAUACAAAUAUAAAGAAUAUUUUAUAUUUUUACAAAAAUUUAAGCUCUAGAUAAGUAUUUACAAAAACAAAAUUUUAAGUAUACCGUUAUUUUCAGGUACGCAGGACUUGUGUACCACCACAAAUGCUGUGUUGCGAAGAAAUUCACUGUGUUUGAUACGUGAGUGUUCGAGUUUGAGGGCUGAACAAUCCAAUAUCACAUUACCGGAGACUGUGCCGAGAAUGACUGGCAGAAUGCAGAGGCUUUUGUGUGCCAAACCUACAAGGACACAUUUAUUAAGAACCAAACACAAUCUGUGCAAAAUGGAAAGUAUUAACUACAAGAAUUCCACCAGUAAUUCCUCCACAGUCAAAAUAAAUCAGACUUUGAUUGAAGAUGAUAACUCAAUACCAAUGGAACAGCUGCAAUUAGUACAACUAGACAAUUAUAGGCAGUAUAAUGUUGACUCCAAAUAUAAACUACCGCCAUGGAAGUAA